UUACUUUUUGAGAAUGGAAUAUAAGUUAAUGUUUAUUUAUGUCACACAUCUCAUCUCUUAUUGGUCUGUCAAGUUAUUCCAUCAACUUAAAUGCCAUGCUGUAAUAUGACUAUGUUCUUGCACCGCCAUUUUGGGCAUAUUGCAUAUAAAUCUGACUAUCUUUUAAAUGAAGCAACACCUACCAUCAAAUUGAAGCAAUACUAUUUGUUGCAAAUUUAAUGCCUGCGGUUGAUAGUAAAGUUAAUGCCCCAACCAAAAAUGCCUAUAUAUCACACCUUCCAGCAAGCAAUUCAGACCAGAAAAGUGGGAAAAAAUGAAGCUCUCAGAAAUUCUAGACCAAACUUACUUCUUCUAUGAUCUCAAAUGGAAUGCCACCAUGGAUGCCAAGCUUCUGGACAUUAUGCUUGCGCACAAAGAUGAGUGCUUCAUGGCGCCAGUUCACAAGUCACCUCACGUGCAUAUUGAGGCAUUAACGACUCUCAACAACUUGGGUAAGCCAGAUAAGGAGUUGCAUCUGAUGGACGUCGAGGAUCGCGCUGAGUUCCUCCAUGGGCGUUUUCUGUGCUUCAAGACAAUAAUGAAUACGCCAGGAGCACAUUGGGAUCAGCAUACAAACUGCAUUAUUGCAGCCGAAAAAGUUUGGUUGAAGAUGAUAAAGGAUAACAACUUUGCACAAGCCUACUACUACUCCGGUGAGCCGGAGCAUCGGAAAAUGUUCAAUCUCUUUGGAUCCGAUGAAAUCAAAACUGAACUAUCACACACAGUCAUCCUCAUCAGUGAUACUGUCCCGGAACAGGGGAAGACCAUCGAUUUGACUCAAGAAGUUUCUUCCGACGAUGAUGUUACCUCCCCAUCUCUGGUUAAUGUCAGGAAAAUGCGCAAGAAACUCACUUUCGGUGACAAUGAUGCUGAAUCAACUGCCCUAGGGUAUGAGACUUCGCCAUCCCGCUGUGAAUGUCAGUGUCCGCAAAAUAAUACUCCACCAACGAAAGGUAAGAAUGUUGAAGCAGGGGGCAGUUCUUGUGCAUCAUGUAGCCCUUUCAAAUAGA